CUGCGUAACAACCUUAAGCAAGCAGUUUUGAGAAGCGAAGCUAAAACGUUUAAAGAAGCCAUUAAAGCGGCUAAAUUAGAGGAAACCGUUUCAAAACAGACAGAUGACACGCAAAACCUUUCGGUAAACGCAGUCAACAGCGCUCUCGCACCUUUUGCUAAAACUUUCGCACAAAGGGAUAGAAAUCCAUUCCCACGCAGAAACGCAACUAACUAUCAGCCUAAUAGGCAUAGAAACAAUCUUUCAAGACCUUGGAAUAAAAACCAAAACUAUAAUCCAAGACCCUAUUCUGCAAAUAAGUCAAGACCAUAUUCGGCAAAUAAUUCAAGACCCUAUAACCAAAACUAUCAAAGCCAAGCAAAUCCUAAUAGAAAUUAUCAGAACGAAAGAGACAAUAGAUUUGAUUAUCAGGGAGAGAAUGAUAACAAUCAAAGACGAGAGAACUUUCCUAGUAGAGGAAGAAGAGUAAAUGCUUUAAUAUCACCGCUCACUCUCACUAUUGCUUUAUCCAUAUUUUGUUUCUUCAUUUCACCAACCGAAAGCUACCAACUUUGCACAAAAGCAAAAGGUGGCGUACUCUUGAUUCCCCCUAAGCUAAGAAAGUGUAAUAUGAAAGAGCCCAAACAUGUGAUUAAAACAAAAAUUCACCUUUACACUCGUAAUAUAACAGCACAUGAGUGGGAAGCUUAUAGAUGUACCAAAGAGGUACACAAAAUAUGUUUGCGAGAAAUUCUUUUCCUUAGAGACAUUAAUAGAACCAUCACUAUUAGCCCACCUAUUACACCCCAAGAAUGUAGAGAAGUGAUCAAAGAACGGAGUUGGGAAGGCACUGCCCUAACUACCGUAGCCCCUAAGACGUAUGUGAGUGCUCAUCCAUUUUAUGACCCACCUAGAACUUUCCACAGAAACGAAUGCGUAGAGAAAACCAGAUUGAUUUUGGAAAGAGGAAUAAUGACUCGUAUGCCCGAUGAUUCUAUACUAUCAGAUCUUAUUUUGAAUACUGACGGAUGCUUAGCUCAUCACGGUAAUUGUAAGUCGAAUACAUCCAUGCUUGUCUGGGAUCCUCAAUCCUCCGACAAACGAUGCGAAUACAUCGACAUGGAACAAUACGACGCUACAAUUGGCGAUGAUGUUGUUAUCAUUCCCAGUACUCAGACAGCUCUUGUUAUUAAAAACAUUACUAUUCCAAAAGCUAUUCGUACGUGUUUUGAGUUCCCUGUUUUUGAAACCACCACAGGUAACUACAUUACACUUCCUAAGUUCCCUAACGAUACAAACAUUCACACCCUGAUAGAACGAGAGUUCAAGAAAAUUCCGAUAAAAAGAACAAAACGAGCAGUUACCAAAAACUGUAGUUUCCCAGUUAACGAAUUAUGGGCUAGACAACAGGAUGAUUUCGAAACUACAUCUUUGAAUGUCUGUCCAUACCCAUUUUUGAGACCCACUAUGGCAAAUCCAAGUACAGCCGAAAUCUAUUGGAAACUUAAAGCUCGCCGAUUACUAAAUUCAGAAUAUACCAUAGCAAAUUAUGCUACAGCUCAUAUCGAUAAAUUCAAAUUUUUCUUUCAAUCAGGCAUAACAGACAAUGGCUUGAUAUCGUUUCUUUCUCAUUAUCCGUAUAACGACGCAAACGAAGCUAUCUUACAGCUGUUAGCUCAAAAAGAGAUCACAAUAGCAUCAAAAGCUGUGAUCAAGUAUUUGACGGAUAAACAACUGUUAGAACAAAUUUCGGAUAGGCUAACAGUUGAGGAAUUCGAUCAACAACUUUUGCAAGUUGAAGGAUUCAACUAUCGAGAACGAGCUGAGGUUAUAGCUAAGAAUCUAAUGUUUACACCAACUUUCAAAAACAAUAUUCUUUUGGUACCAUCCAGAAACCAAGUUUUGAAAGCUUUUAUGAAUUCUAGUCUACCACUUAUUGACCCAAGAACCCCGGAUAUGAUAAAAGACCUAAUUGAAGAAUCAAAAGGAUUACUGUUGAAAUUGAGAAAGUUAAAGUUUGAGAGAUAUAAUAGCAUACUAGCAUCUAAGGAUGACUUUGAAUUCAAACAUCUACCAGUUCCAACCCUUGAUAUCCCCGAUUUUCAAGUUUUAAGAUUUGAUUCAAGCACAAACUACGGUAUGAAACCGGAAGUAGGUUCAGAUAAAACAUCCAUUACAACAUUUUCGAAAGAAUCUCUAGUUUCUACUUUUGAACAGUUGCUGGCAGAUAAAGACAUGAAACCAUCAGGAAAACGCAUUUUUUCAAAUUCUGCGAAAAUAAGUUUAAGAACCGAAAUUCCUGAAAUUAAUCCCACCCCCUCAAAAGUCUUGGAAAAUCAUUCUGAUCCACAAACGACAGAAAUGCCUUUCGCACUAUUAACUCUGCUAGCAAUCAUCAACCCUAAUCCUAGCUCACUUAAUGAGUCUAUUUUUACUGAAUUCGCGGAAACCAAGGAGUUGCAUACCGGUAACGAUAUACUUAAUCUUAAUCAUUUUCUGUUUAACGUAUCUACAAACUUUUCAUCAGAAGGGUUUUAUCCUUCAUAUCUUCAUAACUCUUCUGAAUCACUUUUUGAUCAUAUUUCAUCAUCCACUGCUUCUCCUUCUCCAUCAUCUACAACACCCUCUCCUGUGAUUCCUCAUAUAAGAACAUUGAGAACCUCCUCUCCUCCAGUAACUUUUGCACAAGAUUCCGAGAAAACUCAUUCAAAUUUCAUAGCCAAAAAGCUAACACUGGAAGAUGAGUUUAACAAAAACAUCACUCUGAGAAUCUCUCAAGAUCAUCUUCAAUAUGCUACUGAGAUACAUCAAGAAGAUCUCAUUGCUCAUUUCGCUGACUCGCUUGAAAACAUCUGCGAGAUUCAAAACAAAUAUCUUGAGCUCUGGAGAUCAAUUUUGCACAUAGAACCAACCGUAGCUAUGAGGACCAUCUUAGGUCGAGAAGAUAUCUCAGCCCGUUUCGUAGGUUCAGAAGUUCUUCAUAUCCACGCUUGUACAUCCGUCAUUGUUACUGCCCAGUUCCGAAAUCACACCGUAAACGGCACCUGCUACCUCGAGACACCCGUCUUAACGGAAGAAGGACAACUCUUGUUUGCCGCUCCCGGCACAGAGGACCUUCUCCCAGCGGGAAAACGGAUCUCUUGCGAUCAGGUACCUACUGACAUUUGGUCAGAGAACGGAGAGUGGAAGGGACUGAACGGCACAGUAGAAGUUAGCCCUAUUUCGCUUAUUGAAGGGUUACAUCAUUCAAAAGUCACACCUAUAAAGUUCACAGGUGCUAACCUCUACUCUAAUUUCUCCACACGAACAUCUAGCAUAGCCACCGCUAUCGCAUAUGGAGUGAGUUUGGCAACCAUCCGCCAAAACCAAGUGUUUCAAGUAGUACACUCACUCCAUCAGCUACCUACCCCGAUCCAAAUGUUGGAAAAGGGAACAUACUACCUCGCUGAGGCGGAAAAAGUAGCCAAAGGUACAUGGAUGGAAAUUAAAAAUUACAUCCUAGGUUCGAUCGAGAAAACACUAAUCGCCAUCGGCAUAGUAGCAAUGCUUGUAGUCUCACUUUUCUUCAUCAUCUUAAUUGUCAAAAGUUACACUAAAGUUCGUAUUCCUUUCCCAAUCAUGAACGUCAAUAGCGAGUUAUCUGACGAACAUUCUUACUCACAUCCUGCUUCUCUCAUUACAUCAUCCAUUCCUUCAUGUCCUCCGUCAUACGACGAGAUCAGGGAUAUAGUAUCUGACCCUGAUCAGGAAAUCCCACAGAUAAUCAUGAAGAAAUACUAUCCCACCAUGCUUAGCCUAUUACCUAUCGCUUUACCUUUAGUUUCUGCUAUUAGAAUCAACAAAAUAGGAGUUUCUCAGCUCCCCCAUUUGUAUGUAAUAGUAGAGAACAAACUUUUGUUAGCCUUAUGGGACUCUGGAGCAUCAGUAUCUUAUGUAAAACUCUCCACCGUUGAAUAUCUCGGACUACCAUACACUUCGUAUACCAGUUCGGCUGCAACAGCCAACGGUUCCGUCUUUUCUUUCAUAGGAAAAGUAGAUAUGGUAGUAGAAAUUGGAGAUUACAAGGUACCACAUAGCUUCUUGAUAUCCGAAGACGAAGAUUGCCCAGCCCCAGGUUUAUUAGGCAUGGACUUCAUGGAAAAUAUGGACAGGCUCAACAUUCAUGUUAGCUUGAAACCUUCCAGAAAAGUUCUUGAAGUAGGUUAUAAGGAACUUCCUCUCUAUAAUACCAAAAAUUCUUUGCUUAAGCGUACAAAUAAGUACAUUAACAUCGUCAAUCUUAAACAUAGAACACUCCAUCCUUACUCUCGCACAAACCUUACUUUGACAACCAACGAAAAUCUCGAAAAUGACGAGUACGCAUUCAUGGAAUCUCAUGAAGACUCCGAUAUUUCAUGUCAUGACACCGCCUUUAGAAAUCUCAGAACGGUGCAAAUUACGUUUAUAAAUAAUACUGAUGAACCUAUUACUGUUAGACCACACCAAAUUCUAGGGAAAGCCACAGUAGUCAGAAUGGCUUCACCAUCUCUCAUAACUCCUGAAUCAACAGACCGAUCUUAUAUACCACCCGAGACAGAUUGGGAAGCAAAACUCCCUAAUUUUCCUUCCAAUUUCAUGGAAGAACUUAAUCUCACAGGCUCCGACCUUAAGCCAGCUCAAGAAAGAGAGCUUAAAGCAAUAAUUUUGAAUAACAAGGAAGCCUUUUUGAACGAAGAUAGAAAGAUCGGUCUCUUCACAGGUCCUAUUGAACAUUCCAUACCCCUCAGGACCGAUUUAGAUCUACCCAAACCUAGGGUAACGAGAAUUCCGUUGAGAAAGAGAGAUGAAGUAGAGAGACAGGUAGAAGAACUUCUUAAGCAAGGCAUAAUUGAAAGAUCCACUUCAUGUUUCAAUAGCCCAGUAGUCCUUGUAACUAAAAAGGACGACACCUUUCGAUUUGUAACGGAUUUUAGAGCUUUGAACAACGUCGUUCCAUUACGCUUGCAUAUGGUAUUUGACGACAACGUCUGGAUACCGGUGUAG